AUGGAAUUUAAUGCUACUCCAGAGAUUGAACAAUACAUUGAAAAAUUUCAACAUUUUGUCCACCUGUUCUUUGCAAAUGAAAAGAUUGAUCUUGAAGAAAAAUUUAUGGAGAACGCAACUGUGGUAUAUAUCGAACAUCGUCGUCCACCAGCAAUUAACUCAAAAGGUGUUAAACAGAAACACACUUCUUCCUAUGGAGUCUACAAAUUUAAAUUGUCAGAAAGUACAAUGGAUGAAUUAGUUAGUUAUGCUAAAGUCGUUAUUGAUGGACAUUUGGGUGCUAUAACUUUCAUCAACAAGGAUGACAGGACGAUAGAUGUUACUUUUGAGGAUAAUAAGGGUCAAAUUCUUUUUGAUCAACGUCAAAAAUAUACAAUUAAUAUUGAAUUUAAUGACCGACAGUAUAGAUCUUUUUUGCGUUCAUUGGAGCUUCUUAAAAGUGGAAGAGCAAGAUUUACUAUUUUCCCAGAUGCAGGAAAUUUGAUCUCUUAUGAGGAUUAUCAAAAAGAAUUUAAUUACUACUUUGAGAAAAAGGUAUCCAAAAAAGUCUGCAGUCAAGUAGAAAAUAAAUUCGACAAAAUGCAAAAUCAGGCAAUUUAUUCCAUUGUUAGAGGAGUACAUGGAACUGUUCCUUUUGUAUUAUGGGGGCCACCAGGAACUGGCAAGACUGUUACAAUUAUUGAAUGUAUUAAACAAUUAUUGGAAAAGAAUCCGGCAAAUCGAAUUCUAAUUUGUACGCCUUCAAAUAUGGCAGCCGAUUUAAUUGCUAGACGGAUUUAUCAGAUGGGUAUACUUCCGGCAACUCAAAUGAGACGAUAUUACAGUCUUGGUAAAAAUGUUAAUGAUCGAGAUAAGGAUUUGGACAAAAUAAUUAAAAUUGAAAAUCAUAUAUUUAUCGACGAGGCCAGUCAAUCCUUUGAGCCUGAAACAUUAAUUCCAAUAACACGAUUUGCUACCGAAAAUACUCGAGUUAUACUUUGCGGUGAUUAUCAACAAUUGGGUGCUAUUUGUAAGCCUUAUUUUUUGAAAGUACAUAAGCAAACAUGUUGUUCUUUAAUGGAACGAUUAUUGACAACAGCGAUUAAGCAAAGAGUUUAUACAGACGGGCGUACUUUCUGCAAACUAAAUGAAAGCUACAGAUGCCAUCCAAGCAUUAUUGAAUUUUCUUCAAACAAUUUUUAUUCUGGCGAGUUAAUGGCUGUUAGAGGAGAAGAAAGAACAGGAUUCUGUCAAUGGAGAUAUUUGCCACGCAAAAAUUUUCCAAUAAUUCUUCAUGUUGUUUCUAAGGGUGCUGAGGUUCGUCAAGCAGACGGUGGACGAUCAUUUCACAAUUUGGAAGAAGUUGAUGUUGUUAUAAAAUAUAUUGAUCUGAUCAAAAAAACAAUGGGUGAUAUUAAAGAUUCUGAUAUUGGAGUUAUAAGUCCCUAUAAACAACAGACUUCAAAAAUUCGUGAAUUACUUUGUCGACGUAAGGAUAUUACAGUUGAUUCUGUCGAGUGCUUUCAAGGCUCUGAGCGUAGAGUUAUAAUAAUUAGUUUGUCAAGAUCAGAACAGCUUGGAUUUCUUUCAGAAUAUAAAAGAAUUAAUACUUCAUUUACUCGAGCCAAGGAAUUAUUGGUUGUUAUUGUUUCACAGGCUUUUAUUAAUGUUUUGGAUCCAAAUAAUAAAAAGAAUUAUUGGAAAAAAUUUAUUCAGUUUUGCAUUGCAAAUGAUGCCGUAACGAUUGAUAAAUUUGCUGGAGAAGAUGGCCGUGAAAUCAAUGCUGAGGAAAUGGAUAACUUUAAGAAAACAAUCAUGGAUAGUAUUAAUUCUGAUUUGACUGCCAGAGUUGAACGACCUGGACCUCGACUUAAACAAUCUGUCCCAUCUCAAUCGAAUUUGGAGGAUGAUUUGAAUGAUUUACCUUCUACAAAUAAAUCAAGCCCACCCCGCAAAUUACAUGGAGUACACCCAACACCACUCUUCAAAACACGUAAUGAUGCUACUGAAAAUAAACCAAAAGAAUCAAACAAAUCUCCUAAUAAACCAAAAGAAAAUAAAAAUAAUGAUGAAAGUAAAGAGUGGCUUUCUGACGAUGAUGAAGCUGGAACAGAAUUUUGGGCAAAACAUUUUGCUUCUUGCAAGCCUUCUAAUCUUCGACCUUAUUUAAGUAAUGGAUUUAACGAUGAUAUUAUUUCUGAAGACGAAGAUGAACCAAAAAUGUCGAAUUCUUUCAGAUCUGAAUUCAACAAUAGAAGUGACUUUAAAAAACCAAAAAGUGUACAAAAAUUGGAAAAGAAGCACCAAGCUGUUUUAAUGCAAGAAGCUCAAAAACAAGAAGCUCAAAAGUCAAAUAAACAAGAAAAAACUGCAAGUGAAGGACAGAAAGUUAAUAAACGUCUUGUUCCAGUUCUAAAUACCAGUUCACGCCCAAUGCGAAGUCCUACUACUGUUGCGGAACAAAUUAAAUUUCGAGGAAAUAUUCAAAAGAUGUCAAAAUCUCCAGAGCCUUUUACUGUUGGUUGUAUGGAUCUCCCACCUAGUGGUCAUCCGGAUCUUUGUGCGGGUGUAGGCGUUGAUUUAGCUUCAAUAUAUUUAGAUGAACAACGGGUUAGAGAUAUUGGUUCAAAUAUAUCAAGUGAACAAACGCCGAAGAAAAAGAGUUGCUCUAUUAUGUAA